AUGGUUCUUAUCAAUCUAUUGUCACUUACAGCUAUAGCUGUUGCCAUCAUUAUUCGGUCCGUUGGAUAUGAGCCCUUAAUUGUCGAGGAAAUACGUGAUACCAGUUUGUUGUCUGAAUAUCAUUACAUGGGGGCGCCGUCAUCAUAUUGUGCGGAUCGCUAUACACAACACUAUCUGGAGAAUUUUCAAAACACAGCUACAGAAUACUGUUCACCGGGAUCAACAUCAGGAGUGACUUGCUUUCACAGCCAGACCCAUCCAAACAAGGAGCAGGUAGACUCAUUUUGUAUCGGGAGGUCAGCAGCCUUCAACUUGGAGUCAAGAAAAUUUCACCUUAAUUGCAAUCUUAGGGAUCUCAAUGAAGAUGAGGUCGCCCGGGGAAUCCCGCAUUUUACGCGGUUCCCUGUAUAUUGGUAUCAUACAGGUCCUCGUGUGAUAUUCGAAGCAUUUAUCCAUUUUGAUGCUGAGUACCACUUUACAACACAGGAAAGACAGACCUAUACUAUUCUUGUCAAGCGAGAAGGAUCAACCAACCCAUGGCACUCGUUAGUAGAAAUAUUUUCGAUGACUCUGACCAUUGAUAUCCUUCAGAUGACACCAGACGGUACAGGCUCUCGUUUAUUCAGCGAAGGCGACUUCGAAUACACGCAAGUGAUUAUCCUGGACAGUCAAGGUGAUGGCCCAUACUUUGAUCUUUGGGGGCUGUUCUCUAAAAAACCUAUAAAAAGAAUACAUGAAAUUACCGACUGGAGUACAAUCACUCCUACAAAUAUAAUUAUCCCUCUUGCAGGAUCCAGCAACCCCCUGUGGCAGGGAGACUGGGGUAACGAUUCGUGUCAGCAAUCUGACUUAUUGGAAGUAUUUUCUCGUCGAAUAGUGGAUUUCUAUCGGACUCAAAUUGGAGCGACAGAAAACACUUUUGACAUUCAAGCGGCGCAGGAUAGUUCCACCAUUCUGCUUACGUAUAUUGAUCGACAGCAAAAGCGGAGAUUGAUUGAUCAUGAGGAAUAUUUGAGGGAGGUUCAGGAGAGAUUCCCGUACGUUAAGGUCCAGAUUGUAGACUUCUCAAGUAUCCCAUUCAAAGAGCAGAUUCGCAUCGCUCAGAGAACCGAUAUCCUAGUUGGUGUUCAUGGAGUGGAAUUGUCUCACGCCAUUUUUCUGAAACCACAAUCUGUCGUGGUUGAAAUUCUGCCAAGCUCCUGCAAUUUGACUAUGUUUCAACAUCUUUCCCGACUCCGAGGGCAUACAUAUUAUAGUACUCAUGGUGCUGAGGUUGAGUUUGAUCUGGUAAGACGUGGCUGGGAUCUCAAAGACGUUUCAAUGUCGAAAGGAAGGUUCCUAAAAACGUUGAAGAUGGCCAUCGAAGGUCUUUCUGAUGCAGUUUAG